UACUUACAAACAGUCUAUUUUCCUUGAUUCUGAAUUAUCAUAUAAAUUUUUACUUUUACUCUGGAUUCAAUUUGAUUAAAUUGCAUCAUUUCCUUGCCUUUUUCGAUUUUUAAAAUCAGAAUCGGAGCCUGGAUUCAUCGUUUUAUGUUUUCGAUUGUAAUAAUAAAACAACGGAAAGAAAAAGAAUAGGGAGAAAAGUGGUGAAAACAUCAUAAUUGAAUGAGGAAAAUAUUAAAAUUGUGAAUUUUUAUUGCAAAACGACGAAGACGGUGACGACGAACGGAAAAGAAAAUGUCUAUUCAAAAUAUUUAUCGUUUUAUCACAGUGACGUUGGUCUUAUUGUAUGCCAAUGGUAUUUGUGCACAAAAUUCAAAUUACAGUGAAUUGCUUGAAACGAUCGGCAUUUUUUAUUACAGUCCAUUCUAUCACGAGGAACAGUUGGUGCGUAGAUCAGUGAAAUUGGACGGUUUUAUUGAUGAUGUACCAAUAAAAGUGUUGAUUCAUGGCUAUAUAGCCAGCCGUUAUCAUAGUUCGAUUGAACCAAUCAAAAAAGCAUAUUUAAGUGCCGGAAAUGUGAAUUUAAUGAUUGUCGAUUGGUCGCAGGCAUCGUAUCAAAUGUAUGAUGUUUCGAGACGAUUGACAUCGCAAGUAGCGCUCCGUAUUGCACAAAUUCUCGACGCUUAUUUACAGGCAAAUAAUAUCGACAGUGGUUUAGUGCAAAUCAUCGGACACAGUUUGGGUGCUCAUAUUGCAGGAAAUGUUGGUCGAAGCAUGAAAUCACGAGUCGGACGAAUCACUGGACUAGAUCCGGCGGCACCUUUAUAUUUAAAAUGGUCAUAUGAUGCAAUUCGAAUAACAGACGCCCCCUUUGUUGAUAUUAUACACACAAAUGGCGAACGGCUAGGAGAAUCAUGGGCAAGAGGUCAUGCUGACUUUUAUCCUAAUUUUGGUAUCGUGUCUCAGCCAGGAUGUGAGCAAAAAGACGUUUCAACACUAUGUACGUAUUUUUUAAUUAAAAUUCUUAUUUUCAACUUUUGA